AUGGAGGAAGAGUUUGAGAUCAUAGAUCUUCCAGAUGGAUAUCAUAUCUCCGAACUGAGCGCAGAUGAUCGCGCAAUCCAACCUCUAGUAGCAGCAAUGCAACUAACCGUCCACCAAAACGAAAGAAACAGAGGAGGACCCCUAUUCCAUGCAGAUCUUAGACUCUCGGAUCCAACAGGUAGGGACUUCGGAAUGAACAUCAUCUACGAAAUGUUUUCCCGCGGCUUACCAAAUAAACGUCGAAUGAUGUCCUGCGCGAUAUGCGAGACGUUCAUCAGAGAUUUCGGCAAUCUUUGCCAUCUUUCCGAUGAUGGAACACUCGUGCCAUUUAUCUGGCCCGGCGAAGAUAUCGUCCCGGACUAUUACAGACAAGCAGUAGCCAAUGUGAGGAAGUUAUUCGUGGGGCGUCCACUUGGAGAUGAGUUUCGGAGUCACCUCGAGACUGCUCAACAAUGGUUAACCUACUACGCACGCAAAUCUGGAAAUUUUGAUACGUACGACCACAUGGACGUGAGUAUUCUGGGUCAUGUUCGAGCUUAUCAUGGACCAACGGAAUCGGAGCAUCUCGCUGAAGUUCUAGAGAGAAUACUUGAGGAUAAUAACGAGAAGACAAUCUCCCAGACACACGCAUUGUUAAUGAACGAUUUGUUACCUCAUGCCAAAUUAUACCAGCCAUGGAUUUCGUGGCUAAAGAACGUUGCCAUUUCUAUAAAAGUCCGGGACAAUCUCGGACCAGAGGCUCGAAAGACCUUGAUUGCUAAAUACUCCUUUUUAGCAGCCGAAGGGUGUCUACCUUCAUUAUACAACGGUGAGCUAGCAAAUUUAAUGUCUUUUGUUAAGGCUGGUGAGAGUCUAUCGUCCAUACAAUCAAAGUGGAUGCAAAUAGCGAAUCCUCAGGACGGGAUACCCCCGAAUGAUAUAGCACGUACAACGUCAAGGUUGAUUUCGGAUCUAGGUUAUAACACAACAUGUUUCUAUCGGUUGUUUAUCAAAAUCGGUCAAAUUCCAACAUGUGCCUAUCUUUGGACCGAUUCUUCUAAGCCUUCCGCCAUCCCCAGACCACUAUUUCAACCUCUCGAUUCCAAAAGACAAAGCGUCCCAAUAACUGUUCAGGAUGCUCUCGACAGGUCGCCUAUCAUGAAGAUUUGUUUCCGCAAAUUUUGCUUAGAAGUUACUCCACAAGCAUCCUCGGUCUCUAUCUAUAUAACGGAAGAAUCAAAACACGCUGAGAAUUUGCACUUCUUCACCACAGGCGUAGACGAUCCCCUCGGAAAAACCAAGCCUAUAUACACAUUCCAAAAUCCGGGGGAACACACAGCAUCAUGGUUCAAAGCCUCACAUAUAAGAUCUUCCGAAGAAGCAAAUCUAUGUGCCGGCUGGGUCAAAGUAAAAUGCAUCAUCUCAUUUCCUCACAUGUGGGAUUACUUUCAAGCCCAUCAAAAUUCUACUAAUCAUCAAUUCUUCAAUCCUAUGGCCCAUAGAGGAUUCGAGCACAAGGAUCUCGGGAUGAAGUUUCUGCUCGUUCUAGAUGGAAUCAAUGAUAAUCAUGGAAAGGGUUCUGAUCUUACGGCUGAGCUAUUGAAUGAAGAACUGAGAUGCUUUAGCAGGGAACAAUUAGAGACUUAUAGGGACUCGAAAUCUAUACGGGGAUCACAUAUUAAUGGUCAUAUAGGCGGAGUUGCGAUUGAAUCUGACAGAUUCAGGAAAGUGAUGAUAGGAGUAAGGAUGAAGAGUGGCGAGUUUGUGAGGUAUGAGGUUGUGAAGUACAAAUACUAUGUAGAACAAUUUGGGGGACGUUGA